AUGACCAACGACUACGUUCGAUCGCCAGUUGAUGAAUAUCCGAGUAACAACUUAAUGCUGCUCGACUCCAUUAUCCUCACUUUCGAUCACAAGAAAUGCAUUCGAGUGACAGGUCUCGGGGAUCAGAAACAUGUGCUCUCCGUUGCGGGUAUCACCGACCCACGAGUCAUUCGAGAUAUGAUCGCCAGCAAGUUCGGCGUCAAGGACCCAAAGGAACAGCAGUUAUACUGUAUCAUGGCACCAGAUCAUGAUUCGAUCGGGGGUGGCGGAGUCAAGGUUAUCGAUGAUCGGAGGCUCAUGGAAAUCUGCGGCUCCGCCGACCAUCCGCAGCGUGGCGCCCUCUUGUUUCGAACCGUAUAUGUCCAUCCCCACGCAAAAGACAUCGCGGAGCACAAUGCCAAACAAAUGCGCCUUUUCAUCGAAAAAACCAUGAAAGAGACCACGCCACAGCUUGGAUGCGAUCCUUCCAGUGCCAGUUCCCCUCCAAGUACCUCCAAAUCUCCUCAAAAAGACUCCCGUUUCCGGCGAUGGCAUCGUCUGUUUGGAGAAUAUCGACAGACCUCUGUUCCGGAAGUCAAAGCGACAUCAAGCGGCAACCAAACGCCAGCUCUAUCCAGCAAAGCUGAUGAGUUUUUCGGAGAGCGGCCGCCCGAUGAAGUCAUUGUUGAAAAUCUCGAGGAAUAUUUCCCCUCCCUUCAGAGACAAAAUGCCACCAAGUCAGAUAUCAAGAACACUGUGGCUCAAAGCGUUGCCAAUGCACGUCUCUCCCGUCAAAUCGCACGACGGUCCUCGAUCAUCCAACGAUUUGGAAAUGGAGGUCACGGCACAAUCCAUCGAGAGAAACGGCCGACUCCGCUGCGGAUAGUCGAGGAUGAAACGUGCGAGGAUGAACCAUGUGAGGAUGACCACACCCGAAGGCCAUCCGACGAAGCCACAUCGAGUCUUGGAGACGGAAACCGCAACGGCGAUGCAACCACCAAGGAGGAAUCCUCAAACGAAAAGCCAUUCUAUCUCCAAGAAGCGGUGCAACUCAGCGAACCAGAUCAUGCUGACCUGGACUCGUUGAUUUCCCGAAUAUGGCUGGAGAGCUCUAGGCUUGCCGAAAUCUCUCCGUCCUCGGCCAAGCGAGGUCAUCCGAGUGUAGUCCCCGGUCGCGCUUUGAAUGGGUUUGGAUCAAGCGAGGCCCUAAAAAUCGACACUCCCAUCGAAGAAGAAGAGGAGGUCGGCGGUAGUGACCAGAGUAGCUCGCAGUCGAUUGUCCUUGUGGCCGACGACGCAAAACCAAGUAAGACUGAUGUCUCUGGGCCUGGGGACAAGGCCGGGGACGAGCCAACUCAAGCACCAGAUCCGGAAUCAACCCAGGCCAAUCAAGCCAUCUCUGGGAAUGUGAACGGUGAUCAGCUUGCUGCGAGCAAAGACAAACUUGCCACUGGCGAGCAUGGGACUCCGAAGAGAAAGAUACGAUGGGAACAGGGACCGCUCAUUGGUCAGGGUGCCUUUGGAAAGGUUUAUCACGGGUUGGACCUCGACACCCUUCAGAUCAUGGCCGUGAAGCAAGUUCCCUUAGGCAACUCUUCGGAUCCGCAGAGAAAAAAACGAGAGGAGGCCCUUCGCAAGGAAAUCGAGCUACUGGAGGAGCUCGAAGACAUCAACAUUGUCCGCUACUUGGGAUCCGAGGUCACAGAAACGUCAUUCAAUGUGUUCCUAGAGUAUGUCUCUGGAGGAUCCAUCGCCAGCUGUCUCGCAAAAUAUGGAAAAUUCGACGACGAUAUCACUCGACAUAUGGCCGUCCAGAUCGUAUGUGGUCUGGAGUAUCUCCAUAGCAGAGGAAUCAUUCAUCGAGACAUCAAAGGUGCCAAUGUUCUCAUCGAUGUCGACGGAAUUGCCAAGAUCUCAGACUUUGGAAUAUCCAAGAAAACUGAAACCGAGCGUGCCUACAAGAGAAUCACACGGAUGUCUAUGCAGGGCACCGUUCCAUGGAUGGCUCCCGAGGUUGCUCGAGGGCGGGGAUAUGGCGCCAAAAUCGAUAUCUGGAGCCUUGGAUGCUUGGUUCUGGAAAUGCUUACGGGUAUCAACCCAUGGGGCAAAGUGAGCGGAAGUAUUGUGUAUCUCCUUGGCACAGGAAAUGCACCGCCGGUGCCAGAUUAUCUGUCGACCGAGUCCAAAGCAUUUAUCAAAGACUGCCUUGUAGUUGACUGGGAGAAGCGUUCGACAGCCACACAGCUGCUAUCGCAUCCGUUCACACAGGUCAAUGUUGAUGAAUUCAAGUUUGCUGAAUGGGUGAAAAAAGCGGCGGAGCGCCGAGCUAACCAAGAAGAAUAUGGCGAGGAAGAAGAUGAAGACGAUGACAUGGCCGAGUUUUCUGAUGACUACGACGACGACGAUUAUUUCGAGGACCACGAGCUCGAGGAAGCUGACGAUGACGAUGAGGGGCCUGGCAGAGCUGACGAUUUGGAAAGACAUCAGGAGUCGGACAGUCCAGUCGCACUGGAAGCCAACAACUCUGAUAUCGCGGUUGAAGAUGAGCACUUGAGCCAGACAGCACCGAGCCCCGUGGCAUCGUCGGGCUUUGGAGCAGCCCAAAUGGAAAUAUGAACAGCAAACCGACCCCGCCGAGGCAAGCAAUAACGAUUGCCGAGCAGCUCCAAAUCAGCAAGGGGUCUCUGAAGCCAAAACCGAGGCGAAGUACCUUAUUUGGACAGGUGGCCCCUGUUUUCCGGAAUACAUGUUCGCUCAGCACGCUCGUGAACACUGUCGCCCGAUGGCGUUCCUGUGUCGAACUAUGCCAUAAGAAAUAGAAC